UAUAGCCUUUGGUGUAUUUCUCAACUCAUACUAUGAUGUGAAGUUCAAUAUGCCAGGAAUUACUUGUGCGCUUCUCGGGGUGAUUGUAACUUCUGUUUAUCAAGUGUGGGUUGGUAUGAAACAACAAGAAUUAGAUGUCGACGCUCUGCAGUUGUUGUUUUAUCAAGCACCUAUCUCCUCAUUUCUGAUGAUUUUACCUAUCUCUCUGUCAACAUCAUUCGACAAGAUUCCGAACAUCUGGAUUUCUUGGUCUGUGUUAGAUUGGGCUAUUGUUUUUCUAUCUGGUGUUUUUGCGUGGCUUGUAAAUAUAUCCAUAUAUUGGAUUAUUGGAAAUACGUCACCUGUAACGUAUCCUUUUUAAUCACAUACUUAUAUUUUGUAACAUUUGAAUGUUUGUCCCAU